GUCCCAUGGCACAGGCAUUGCUCGGCGCCUGACCCAACGGCAGCACUUGCUGUGGCUGCAGCGGUGGUGGUGGCAGCAUGGCACGAGUGUGGGGGGCCACGGCCCCUGCCCGCCUUGUCCUCCUCCUGCUACUGAUGUCCCUGCGUUCCUGGGAGAUUUGUGCUGCUCCGCUUCCAGUACAGGGAGCAGGUGAGUGGGCAGCGAUGGAUCCAAAGCUGAGCGGCGCGAGGGGCAAGAAGUCAGGCUGAGUUGCCAUGGCCCUACACCACCCUUCCCUGGGGCUACCUCCCAUGGUGGACGUUAGGCAGAGGGUGACAGGCAGCACCGCAGGAGCCAGCCAAGAGCCUGUGGCAGCGCUUGCUCCCCAGGGCUGGCUCCAACCAUGCCGGACCAUGACUCUGCUGCUUGCUGGCUGGAGCACGGCCUUCAUCCUGGGAGAUGCCCUGGGUGAGAGCUCACAAGAUGUGUGCUGGGAAAAGCAUGAGCAUUUCUGCUCCAGCCUGGUGGUACUCCCCAUAGACAAAUCCCGGUUUCCAACACAGAGCCCCCACCCACAGCCCAGAGGAAGAGGCAGGUGUGUUUUCCUCCAGUGCUUUGGUGUGACCUUCCUUUGUGUACACCAGAGGUGCCCCAGUAAGAAAGUCCCAAAGGGCUGAAUCUUCUUCUGUGUGGUCCAUAAGGGUUGUUGCACGUGGCGUGAAGAACGUAUCAUGUAAGCUGAUGGCAGUACAUGGCAGCCAAGAGGUCCUCCUGGCCACUCUGCUACUGUGCAAAUCAUGACCUGCGUCUUUCUCCCGCCCCAUUACCUGACCCACCUCCAGUUGCUAAGGGAGAAGAAUAUCACAACAUCCCCAGUAAUGGGAACUUCUCUAAUCAGUUCUUCUUGAUUCUAGAUGAUGACAUUGGUGCGCCCUAUUCAGAUGAUAGUCUGAAUCCAGGUUUUGUGCCUCGGGGUCAACCCAGAGGCCCUCUUGCUCAAUCCGCACAGCAGAGUCCUGUCCCUGAGCCUGGGGUGGACUCCAGAGGUGUGACUGGGAAUGAAGGUGCUCCAGCUUCCCCUCUGAGUUCCAGGACUGAAACUCCGGCAGAUCACAUGGAAGUGCCCCCAGGGAGGGCCUUGCUGGUUUCUCGGCUCCUUCCUGCGAUGGAGACCAGUUGGAAUCCCAUGGGUCCGCAAAGAGGAAACAGAGGAAAGGAUACAUCUAGAAGAGGGAAGUACUCACAGAGGUCAUCCCAUAUCCUAAAGGAACUCCUGAAGAAAAUGGAGAUGGCAGCGUAUGGUGGGACUAAAGGGACUGACCAAGAGACUGUGCAGAAGGAGCCAUUGCAGGAAAGCAGCAGUGACACACGGCCAGUCUCUGACAGAAAAACACAGGCAGAACAAGCAGCUGGAUUGCCAGGGGUGGAUGUUGGGAAAAUCACAACGGCCGCUGUUGGCGAAGAGCUGCGAAAACACCACAUCCCAGUGAUUGCUGUGGUCUCCGCUGUGCUGCUGUCCGUGCUGAUGCUGGCCUGUGUUCCUAUGCUGUGGAUGUGGAAAAAAUAUCUGGCACGCAAGACAGAGCGGACAGCUGCAAGACAAGCUGACUGGGAGAGAGAUCAAAACAGAGAUGAAGGCAGAGCGGAGCUGGGGGAGGCUGCAAAGGAGGAUGUCCUCGACCAAGGAAAAAUCAUCUCCAGGGCAUUCUCCUGGUCCUUUGAAGCAGAAUUUGCUGACCUGUGCAACAGAAUCAGAGCAGACCCCUCCCUUCAGCCCACGCAUCCCAGCAGCUCUCCUACUGUCAACGUCUCUUCCCUCAGUAGCUGCAGCUCUCAGGAUACCCCUGAGCCAUCCAGUGCCCCUGUUACCGGUGCCAAGAAGGCUCGGGUUCAUUGAAAGGUCCCACUUUGUGAUCAAUAAAGACAUUCCAUUCAAAAGCUGCUGCUGUGACCAUUUCCAUUGAG